GUGUGUGUUGGAGUGUCCUGGCUGGGUGUCCAGCUCGUCCUGGUAAUGCUGAGACAGACGCUCUAUGGGGAGUACCAAGAGAACCAGGGAGGCUCCGGGAGACGGGAAGCCACACGCCUGCUGACUGAGAGACAGAUCAAGAAACAUGGAAACCACCCUCGCAGCCACUGCAGGACAAGACAUGGCCGACGUAGCCACGGUCAGAAUGGAUAUCACAGCAGACAUCAGCUUGGCUAUUACAGCAGGCAGAGGAGGCGUCAGUCCGCCAUGGAGGGCGAAGAGCAGGAUCAAACUGCUGAACCCGACCCCACGUCCUCCACGAAAAAGAAACGCUCCUACUCCAAGUGUAGAGACUGCAUAGCAUGGGUGCAGCGAUUCCUGGUGACCAGGUUGGGAGAAGACUGGAUCUUCCUCAUUAUGCUGGGCAUCACAAUGGCAUUGGUCAGCUGGACAAUGGACUAUGCCAGCGCAAAAAGCCUGCAAGCCUAUAAAUGGAUUUAUGGGGAGCUGAAGGGGAAAAUCGCCUUGCAGUACCUGGCCUGGGUUUCAUAUCCCCUGAUCUUCAUCCUGUUCUCCUCCCUCUUCUGUCACCUGGUCGCUCCUCAGGCUAUUGGUUCUGGCAUCCCGGAGCUGAAGACCAUCCUGAGAGGCGUGGUGCUGAAGGAAUAUCUAACUCUCAGGGCCUUUGCUGCUAAAGUCAUCGGCCUGACGGCUGCCCUGGGCAGCGGGAUGCCUGUAGGCAAAGAGGGCCCGUUUGUCCACAUCGCCAGUAUCUGUGCUGCCGUUCUCAGCAGGUUCAUGUCCUUCUUUUCAGGAGCUCAGAAUCCAUACUGUUACACAGACAUCCUUACAGUGGGCUGUGCUGUCGGGGUGGGCUGCUGCUUUGGGACUCCACUUGGAGGUGUGCUCUUUAGUAUAGAAGUAACAUCCACAUACUUUGCUGUGAGAAACUACUGGAGAGGAUACUUUGCUGCUACAUUUAGUGCCUUCAUAUUCAGAGUGUUAUCCGUGUUCAACAAAGAUGCAGUAACCAUCACUGCUCUGUUCAGGACAAACUUCCGCAUGGAUUUCCCUUUUGACCUGCAGGAGCUGCCUGCCUUCGCCAUCAUUGGGAUCUCCUGUGGGUUCUUGGGGGCGUUCUUCGUCUAUCUCAACAGACAGGUGGUGCUGUUCAUGAGACGCCCCAACGCCAUGACACGCUUUCUCACCAAACACCGGCUGAUUUUCCCUGCUGUGGUAACACUGGUCAUCGCCACCCUGACCUUCCCACCUGGGUUUGGACAGUUCAUGGCAGGAGAGCUGAUGCCAAGAGAGUGUAUCAACUCCCUGUUUGACAACUUUACGUGGACAAAGAUUUCGGGGUCUUCUCCUCCGGUGGGUCUGGGCCUCUCCGCCGCCUGGCUUCACCCUGACGUCAGUGUCUUCGUCAUCCUGCUGCUCUUCCUAUUCAUGAAGGUGUGUGGCUCGCUCAAAGUUUAG